AUGCAAAACAGGCUUUUGCUUGCAAACUUAGUUGGAAAAAAAAUAUUAUUACGUGAUUUGCCCUGGACACCAACUCAAGAUCCCUCGGAACAGUUACCGCCACAGCGAUCUCACUUCGAUCCAAACCCUCUGCCACCGAGAAAUAAUGUUACCGUUUACACCUUUUUAGGUAUACCAUAUGCAGAAGCACCUGUCUCGCAGCGACGAUUAAAACCUCCUCAGCUUAUUCGGGAACUACCAUCAAGCCCGUAUGUGGCUUUCCAGUAUGGAGCCACCUGCGCUCAAGACGUGGAAUAUCGUCCACAGAUUUUUGUUAAUGAUCCUUAUCCAUUCAUUGUCAAUGAAGACUGCUUAUAUUUGAACAUAUUUUCACCAGAAGUGUCAAAAGUAGCUGGGAUGUCUUACCCCGUGCUCGUAUUUUUUCAUGGUGGUAAUUUUCAAACGGGAUCCGCGAAUGACUGGCCAGCCCAUGGACUAGCAUCUCGAGGGAUUGUUGUUGUGACUGUGAAUUAUCGCCUUGGAGCUUUGGGCUUUAUGAGUCUUGGUGAUUCCACUACUGGAAAUUUUGGUUUGAUGGACCAAAGGCUUGCUCUACAGUUCGUGCGUGAUCAUAUCGCAUCCUUUGGGGGUGAUCCUCAAGCUAUUACUGUGGCAGGACAUGAUGCUGGGGCGGUCUCAGUGGGAAUGCACAUGCUAUCACCACUUUCCAAAAGUCUUUUUCGAUCUGCAGCGGUGAUGUCUGGUGCCGAAGUCUCGUAUCAUUCCUAUAUUGGCAAACCUGCACUAGCUUUCAACAAUACAAUAAAGUUAGGCAGGUACCUGGGUUGCACGCAGUCAGUUGCCAUCGAUGUUUGGAACUGUAUUCUCUCUCGAUCCACAAAUGAUAUCGUGCGAGCUACGACUGAUAUUCCCAUCGAGUUCAACCGUUAUCUCUUCCUUCCUACCGUUGAUGGAAUAAACAUCCCUGGCAAUCCAUUAUGGAUAUUGAACAAUGCGCCCACCGGCUUGUCAGCAAUUCCAAGUGCCGUCCCACUGCUGAUAGGAAUGAACGCGCAAGACGGAACCGAGGUGAUACUGGAAGAUCGUUUGCUGGGCGAGUUCAACGAAUUUAACAACGUUGACCAGGAGUACUUCAGAAGUUACGCACUAGAAUAUGCGUUCCGCCACAACUACACUAUGAACCGUGAGGCGAUUGUGGAAGCAAUAAUUGAUCGUUACACAUAUUGGCCGGAUCCUUCGGAUGAAUGGGCGGUCCGAAACGCAUUUAUCCAUUUCGUUACUGAUGCGUACUACACUGCUCCUAUAAGCUUGUCUGCGCAUUUGCAUUCUGCCGCAGGGUCGCGCACUUUCAUGUACGUGAACAACUAUAAUUUGUCCGGAGCUGGCUUUCUACCAGGAUGGAUGGGAUCGUGUCGCGAAUGUGAUUUGUAUAUGUUGUUUGGGUAUGCAUAUAUGCCGGACGAUCUUCGGCCAUACCAUCUGAGAGGUGUUAAUUUUACAGCUAUGGAUAGGAAUGCUAGCCAGCUGUUUUCGAACAUAUUUCGACGUUUUGUAUAUCAUCAAAAUCCCAACUUUCUGUAUGAUGGGUCUUGGUCCGCCCUAGAACCGCGUCGUCACUGGUACUUGAAUUUCAAUUACUCUCAUUGGUCUGAAAUGUCAAUUCCUGGGAAACUCCAAAGAGACUAUCUAUACAUGGAAGUGGCUUUUUGGAACGAUUAUGUUCCUGCUUUGGUAAAUUACAUGACAACCACAUUUCCUCCUUCGGAGGUAUCGGUCAGGCGACAGCUGAUGGUCUUUCAAUGGGUUGUGGCAAUUGUAGUGGCAUUUUUGCUGCUAUUUAUUGUAUUAACGGGUGGCUUUGCUUAUCAGGUUUGUGAACGUUCGCAAGAUUCACAUGAUUUCAAAGAGUCCCAUCGUUUGGUGGAACAUGUUGAUAACUUUAAUUCUAAUAAUUCGAUACAUGAUCCUCAUUUCCCUCGUGUCAGUAAUCUCUAA